AUGAAUAACCCACCAGCGGCAAAACCUUGCUUCGCAACCGGCGACGGCAUCAUCUGCGCCGGUCUGCCGAGAUCCGGCACGGCCUCACUCGCCGCGGCCCUGCACAUGCUCGACCUCGGCCCCGUCCACCAUACCCUCACCAGCCCCGCGAUCCGCGCAAAUUACGGUUGGGGCCAAGCCGCCUGGUGCAACCUGCCCUUCCUGGGGGUGUCCGGCCUGCAGCGGGCGACGGACCGGCUGCCGUUUUACGUGAACCCCGCCGACGCCCUGCUGCCAUGGGUCCGGGCCGACUGGGACCGGCUAAUCGGGCAGCAGCGCGCAACGACGGACCUGGGCAGCGUCUUUAGCGAGCAGCUCAUUGCCGCGUACCCAGAGGCGCGCGUCAUCCUGGUCGAUCGCCCGGUGGAGGCGUGGGCGCGCAGCUUCGGCGCUGUCAUUAUAGACGGCGUGCACGCGGGGCUCGCGGGCUUUGUGUUCUGCGUCGUCGGCCCGUGGGUGGGCGUACCGCAGGCGCGCAUCGCCCGUGAUAUUGCAUUCGGCUGGCUCGGCACGUGGUCGCGCGAGGACGCCUGGCGGCGGCUGCCGGAGAUGCACGCCGAGCACUCGGCCAUGGUGCGGAGGUCGGUCCGGCCGGGCCAGCUGCUGGUGUACAGGUACGAGGACGGCUGGGCACCGCUUUGCGAAUUCCUCGGCGUCAAAGUCCCGGAUAAGCCGUUUCCACGGGUCAAUGACCAGGCGAGUAUCCUACAGUAUCUGUCCACAAUGCAGUGGAAGAUUCUUUCACUGGCUGCGAAGAAGCUGGUGCUCUGGUCUUUCGGUCUGGGUGUUUUCGGGUUUAUCAUACGCAGGUGGCUACACUGGGUGUAG